AUGUCUCUGGUCGCUGCGAGAGCUCUGGCAAGCGGGCCUUUCGCCUCCCACCACCAUGGCCUCGCCUCGGCAAGGCCUCUCGUCCUCGUCGUAGCGAGUUUGCUGUUCUCAGCCGUCGCCAGCGCUGCUCCUCUGCCGCUGCACUCGCUCGAAGAGGAACUGCCCAAGAAGCCGAAAGACCCUCAACUAUGGGCCUACCUGGGCACCGCCAUCGCCCUGGUGCUGCUCGGUGGAGUUUUUGCCGGCUUGACUAUCGCAUUGAUGGGCCAAGAUGAAAUCUAUCUCCAAGUUAUCGCUACGUCUGGCGAAGGAGCCGAGCGGAAGAGCGCUGCCCGCGUUCUGAACCUCCUCAAGAAGGGCAAGCACUGGGUUUUGGUUACUUUGCUGCUCAGCAAUGUCAUCACCAAUGAGACGCUUCCAAUUGUUCUCGAUAGAUCCCUCGGCGGAGGCUGGCCUGCGGUGCUGGGCAGUACCGUGUUGAUCGUCAUUUUCGGCGAGAUUGUCCCUCAAUCCAUCUGUGUCCGAUACGGCCUGCCCAUUGGAGCAUGGAUGGCGCCGCUCGUCCUCGCUCUGAUGUGGCUCAUGGCUCCCGUCGCCUGGCCUACCGCUAAGCUUCUGGACUACCUCUUGGGCGAGGACCACGGUACAACGUACAAGAAGGCCGGCCUGAAGACGCUUGUUACUCUGCACAAGACGCUCGGCACCAGCCCCGAAGACCGCCUCAAUGAGGAUGAGGUCACCAUCAUUAGCGCCGUGCUGGACUUGAAGGACAAGCCCGUCGGCAGCAUCAUGACGCCUAUGAACGAUGUCUUUACAAUGUCCGCAGACACUGUUCUCAACGAGAGAACAAUGGACACCAUCCUUUCUGCCGGUUAUUCCCGCAUUCCCAUCUACGAACCGGAUAACCCGCGCAACUUUGUUGGUAUGCUUCUUGUCAAGCUUCUGAUUACCUAUGAUCCGGAGGACAGCAAGCAGGUCCGCGAGUUUGCUCUGGCCACCCUGCCCGAGACCCGUCCCGAAACCAGCUGCCUUGACAUUGUCAACUUCUUCCAGGAGGGCAAGUCCCACAUGGUUCUGGUCUCCGACUUCCCCGGCGAGUCAUAUGGUGCUCUUGGUGUCGUCACCCUUGAGGAUGUCAUCGAGGAGCUGAUUGGAGAGGAAAUCAUCGACGAGUCUGACGUUUUCAUCGACGUCCACAAGGCUAUCCGGCGUAUCGCUCCUGCUCCCCGGAACCGGGUGCCGAAGGGCGAGAUCGUUGAGUCGGAAGUUGACGAUGACGCAACGGAGACUACCGGUCUGCUUGAAGGCGAGAGGCGCCAGCGUGCCACCGAUGGCACUCCUAGCCGCAACACCUCUGUCGGACGUAUGAGCAGUAGCCCCAACGUCAAGCUUCUUAUGCGCCGUCGCAGCAGUGGUAAUGGUUCGCUUAACAAGACUACCGCCCUCGACCUGCGCGAGAACACGUCGGAGCUCCGUGAGCACCUCAAGCACCUUGGCCCCUCCAACGCAGCCAGCAGACCCAAGACUACCCGUAUCAGCACGGUCAAGAUAAAACCCAGCGUUGGCACUAUCCCCGAAACAUCUCAGCCAAAGCCCCAAAGCGCCGAGCACAUACCAAAGCUUGGCCCCACGGCCAUGCAAGGUGGCAUCGGCGAAGGGCUUCUCCACAAUGCUGCGGGUGAUGCCAGCGAUGGCGCGCAUGCUGUUGCCAUUGGCUAUGGCUCGAUUGGCGGCAGCAGCAGUCCGAAUAAGGACAUUGAACAUCCAACUGAGGCGGAGCAGCAAGAUGCUGACGGGCACCGUACGCCGACAAACGACAACUACGGCAGCCCCGCAACGCAACGCAAGAUUGUAAUCGGCGCGCAGCAGGGAAGUCCACGCAGCCAGCGCUCGUCGAGCACGGUGGCGAGUCUGCGCAGCGCGUCGGGGUCGGGCAGCCCGAAGCCGCGCAAGAGCAAGGCGCGAUCAGGCUCGAUCAGCGAGAACGUGAUUGACGUGAACGGGGUCAAGAAGAUAGUGCUCGAGGCGAACAGCAGCUCGGACGAUGCGGACCCGGAGCGCCAGCAGCAGAGGGAGGCGGAGCAGCCGAGCGCGAGUGCCAGUGGCGAUGCGAGCGCCGAGGCUAGCAUCACGCCCAGUGGUGAGGAUGCGGAUAUCACGACUGAGGAUGUCACGCCGGGGAAUACGCUGAAGAAGAAGAAGAGAAAGAAGCGCGCGGGGAAGAAGGCCAAGGAGAGGCAGGAGCGGAGGCAGAGCGAGAGCUUGCUUUAG